AGUAUUGAUUACUCAUUCAUUUUGAUCGAAUUAUUUGAAUCGUCUCCUGAAAUUAAUCGUAACUGAUUGCACACUGCUCAUUGCUCACCAAAUCCUUCAGUUUUCAAGAAAGUUGACUCGAACUACUAAGACUCCUAAACUGGCUUGGAAUGUACUAGCGACCCCGACUCCGUCUUUUCAGAACUUGUCGACUGGGGUCCUCAAAAAGACUCGACUCUAUCUCUCUGACUUCUCCACAUGCCUGAAUUAUUCAGUAUAUUUUGUAUCACGAACAUGAAAUCGUUUCUUUGCUCUAUGAAUGCAAAGCCACUCUACUGGAAUUAUAUAGAACUCCGCUGGUUCCACGGUAAACAAUAAUUAAGAAACCGAAUCAAUUCAGCAUUGAAAUUCACCUUGCCAUGCAUACCUCAGUUUCAUUAGCAAACGAAACCAUAGCUAGAAAUGUUCAAAUAUAGUAGUAUAACUUCUAGUACAAGGACUAGUGGCAAUAACCAAAGAGAUACGUUCCACUCAAUUAUGCAACCAAUCAUAUUAUCCGCCCAGUGCCUAGGACUAUUUCCGAUAGUCGGAAUCACCGAGAAAACUACAUCCGCACUGCAGUUCCGGUGGUUUUCGCUCCGAACCGUUCUAAGCGUAACUGUGAUGACCAGUGCAUUUCUAGUAGCGAUCGCUGAGCUUCGACGGAUAGCAAGAACCGGAGUCAACUUUUCCAACAUCAUAAAUCCUUACUUCUUCGCUGAUACCGCCAUCAUCGUAGGAUUGCUGAUUCGAUUGGGCGGCAGCUGGGAGCAUCUUAUGGUCCAGGUGGAAAACGUCGAGCGGAUACUGCUGAAACCCUGCUACAACCUUCGGCAGGUACAUCUGAAGAGAAAAUGCUGGCUAGCUGCCGGAUCGUGGUUGGUCCUGGCUACCGCAGAACACUUUUUCGCCACAACAUCGUUCGUCAACGAUCAGCGAAUGGAAUCACUGCGCUGCAACUGGACCUACACCAAUGCGAUCGAGAACUAUGCCCGUCGAAACUACGCUUACGUCUUCAAUCUGCCCUGGAUGCCGUACAACAUUCCGGUGCUGCUGUAUCUAAGGUACGUGACCUUCUCAGUAACACUGGCAUGGACCUACCAGGACGUAAUCCUGAUCGUGGUUUGCAUCUACAUGAACACUCGCUACCGGCAGUUCUUCACCCGGAUCGAGGUCGCAGCCAGCGUCGAUCGUCCACCACUAGCUGAAUCGUUCUGGGGUGAAAUUCGGUACCACUACAUUGCGCUGAGCGACCUGCUCCAGUCGAUGAACUACGAGCUGUCCGCGCUGGUCAUCAACUCCUGCAGCAACAAUAUCUUUCUCGUGUGCUACAUUCUGCUGCACAGUCUGGGCCCCAAACAAUCGACACUAUCGUUCACGUAUUUCUGGUUCGCCGUGUGCUUCUUCAUAGGGCGAACCUGUACGGUUAUGCUGACCGCAGCCAAGUUCGACCGUACGCUGAAACGUGCCCUGCAGGUGGUGCAUCGAAUCCCCAAUGAAGGCUGGUGCGACGAGCUCAGCCGAUAUUACCACCAUCUGCGAAUUGAAAAGGUCUCCUUAUCCGGGAAGCGGUUCUUUUACCUCACCAGGAGGACCGCUUUUGGGAUGUUUUCGGUCAUCUUCACGAUCGAGAUUGUGAUGAUCAAGUACUCCAAAAUGGCCCGCAAUUCUGGUGUUCCGGCAGACUGUUCAACGCUGGCGUUUUCACAGGAUUGAACUUCAGUGAAGAAAUACAAAUUAACAAACCUUUUA